GAGAGGAGCCGACAGCAGCCUCCAUAGCCCCGGCUGACUUUCUCGGGGUCUCCUGUGUUCUGGCGGCGGGGGACACCAUUGUUUGGAGCCCGGCUUAUGAUGUCCAGACCCUUCUCUGGCUGGAUCCUGACCACUGCUAACCGCAGCGCUGUCCUGGUGACAGGUGGGAGAUGUCAUUAUUCGCAGCACCUGAGAUGGGGGAGGACGCGCUCGGAUAAGGCCACCACGUGUCUGUGCUGUCCGAGGCACCAGGCCACCCUCUCCCGGAGCAGGUCCUCCAGGCACACGGCACAAGAUGUCCACUUCCAGCUGCUUCCAGAGCAAAUCGACGACAUCCUCCGAGCCAACGAGCAGUCCCACAAGGUGGCGGACACCAAUACCGUCCUCCGGUUUGAAAGCAAUAUACUGGCCUCUAACAGCCCUUGUGAAGACCGCCGGAGUGCCGCCACUUGCCUGCAGACCAAAGGUCACAUGUUUGGCAUUUUCGAUGGCCAUGCCGGCUCUGCGUGCGCCCAGUCCGUGAGUGAGCGCUUGUUUUAUUACAUCGCCAUCUCUCUGAUGUCUCAGGAGACGCUGCAGGAGAUUGAGCUAGCCACGGAACGCAUGAAGCCGGUUCUACCGAUCCUCCAGUGGCACAAACAUAAGAAUGACUACACGUACCGGGAGAUCGCGUCGCUCUACGUCGACCACCUGCGGGUUUAUUGGCAGGAGUUGAUUGACCUGGACAAUGAGUCUGGCAGGAGCGUGGCGGACGCCAUGUCCGAUGCCUUCCAGCGCCUGGAUUCCGACAUCUCUCUGGAAGCUCAGGUGUCCGCGGAGCAGGAGAUGGUCAGGAAUCUCACUUUACAAAUUGCGUUUUCUGGGGCGGCGGCCUGUGUGUCGCACAUAGAUGGGGUGCACCUGCACGUGGCGAACGCUGGAGACUGUCGGGCGGUCUUGGGUGUUCAGGACGUACACGGAGCCUGGUCAGCGGUGCCUCUGACUGCCGACCACAACGCGUUUAAUAAAUCCGAGGUGCAGAGAGUUCGUUCCGAGCACCCGGCCUCCGAGGAGGAGACUGUAGUGACCGACCAGAGGCUGCUGGGAAUUUUAAUGCCCUUUCGCGCUUUUGGCGAUGUCCGUUUUAAGUGGAGCGAGGCGCUGCAGCAAAGUGUUCUGAGAAAUGCCUGUGACCUGGAACCUCUGAAUAUCUAUCAGUAUUCUCCUGCCAACUACCGCACCCCCCCGUAUCUGAGCGCCAAACCGGAGAUCACCUACCACCAGCUCCGGCCUCAGGAUAGGUUCCUGGUCAUGGCCUCUGAUGGCCUCUGGGACAUGCUGGAGAACCAGGAGGUGGUGAGGCUCGUGGCAGGGUGCCUCUCCGACAUCCCUGUACAGGAACCUCACGUUUCCGCGGAGAAGCGCAGCCUCGGGUACAUGCACAACCUGCUUCUCCAGAGGCGAUCGCGGAGAUCUAACGUCCAGGAUCGGAAUGUAGCCACGCACCUGGUCCGCCACGCCGUGGGCAGCAAUGAGGACGGCGAGGUGGAGCAGGAGAGGUUGGCUGCCAUGCUGAGUUUGCCGGAGGACCUGUCCCGGAUGUACAGAGAUGACAUCACCGUCACCGUCGUCCUCUUUAACACAAAUGCUGUUGAGGCGCAUUACAGGGAGAACGCGCAGGAAUAGGACCUUUUUAUACAGUUGAUUUAAAUGUCUUUUUUACGCUUCAGAUUAAAGGGGAUUUCUGGGCUCCUAUAAGUGUGAGCUCAAUCACUGAAGUACCAGCGCAGCACCACUCUCGUCGACAUGGCUGCGCCUGGUACUACAGCUUAGUGGCCAUCAUGUAAGGGCACGUGGACUGGUUACUGCAGUGACGAGGUCGUGCGCCCUGGCGAGUGCUGUGCCUCCUUCGAGGGUCGAACCUCCAGAGACACUUCGUGGUCCAUUUAUUCAUGUUUCAUGCUGGAAUAUUUUAAUUAUAUAUAUAUUUUUUUGGGAGACCCUUUCUUUCCUGUAGUAACUUUGGCUUGUGCUGCGUGACGGCGCCUACAGUCAUGGCGUUCACCUCUAGCGCACGCACGUGAACAGGUCGUUCCUGGUUAAGAUGGCCGUAACACCUGUUGGGCUCGCUUCACACGUUUCUGCAACUCUUGCAUUGAUCUGGAUAGGGUUUGCAGAAAUCUAGGCACC